AUGGCAGUGCCGCGGAAACGGCGUUGCAGCUCUUUGGAGCUGGGCGAGGCAGUCUCGAAGAGAUUCCGCCGUGCCCAUCAGCUGCUGCAAGCGGCUAUUGAGCCACCCCCACCACGAGGGGAUGAAGAGGAGGAAGGUGCGAUGCUGGAAGUGCUUCCUGCAAAAUGGCCUGGCUGUGCCGCGCGGCUUCUGUCCCUGCGCGCAGCAUCCAGGACUCUAGCGCCGAGUGAGGACAUUCCUCCUGGGACGAUAGCAGGAGCUUUAAUGCAGCCGCUUGCUCCAAGCCCGACGCAGUCUCUUAGAAUUCCGCCACCCGGCACUUUGCAGUGGGACAUCCCCUACUCCAAGCGAGCCGCCUUUGCUUAUGGCAAGGACGUGCGAGACGGCUGGCUAAGAGCUCGACCCCGAUACCUGGGAUAUGCUGAGUAUGCAAGCUGGCUGUCCUCCGCAGUGCCAGAUGCCGAGCUUCGGCCACCCUCGCAGAAGGAGGAAGCGGAGGCAUCAGGGCUCGAACUCUUGCGACUCCUAGCAGCGCUGAAGAUGCCAAAGAAGAAGCGUCGUGUGCCGCCGAUCACCCCAGAGGAGGAGAAGUUGGCGGAGGACGCCUUGUUUGGACAGGGCAGUGGGGACGAGGUCGUCGCCUCGCGCUUCAGUGUGGAGGUGACUCGAAGGCAACUAGAAUGCCUGCGGCCGGGAGAGUGGCUGAAUGACGAAGUCAUCAACUUUUACUACAAGUUGCUGCAGGAGCGGAGCAAAACGAUCGCAUCAUCACCAAAGAGCUGGUUCACCAAUUCAUUCUUUUGGCCCAAGCUCAGUGGCAACAACAAGGAAUACAACUACAAAGAAGUGAGGAGGUGGACAAUAAAAGCAAAGGUUGACAUCUUCGAUAUGGACUAUGUUAUAUUCCCGAUGAACAUUGCCGAGACUCAUUGGUCGAUGGGGGCCAUCGACAUGAGAGAAAAGGGUUUCCGCUACUUCGACUCGAUGUUCAGCAAUCCGCCGUCCAACUUCGUGGCUUUCCUCCGUCGCUAUCUGGCUGAUGAGCACAAGGCCAAAAAGAGCAAAGAUCUCCAAGGCGUGGACGACUGGAAGCUUUUGACCCCUGAGCCUCCGGUGCCGCAACAGCGUAAUGGGUACGACUGCGGCGUUUUCACUUGCUUCUUUGCAGACUGCUUGUCUGCAGGGAAGUCGUUGGGAUUCGACCAGGAAGACAUGCCGACCCUCCGGAAGAGGAUCGCUGCGCGCAUCAUGAAGGCAGAUGAGAAGUUCGACCCGAUUCUGUAG